CAUUUCAAGGUCUUCCUGUCUGACAUUGAAACCUGUUCAUUGGGAUACCCUGACCAUUCCAACAACUUGUGACUAACAAAACACAAACUAGUGAAGGUCCGUUUGGCGAUAAUGCUCUGAAAAUAUUUCAAACAAUCUUGUUCUUGUUUCAUACCGGUGUUUGUUGCUUUCUCGAAAGAAUAUUUUAAAAAUAAAUUGCUCACAGUUUGAUGCCUCAAUAAUAAGCGGGGUUGUGUGCUUGGGAGUGAUUUUUGUUGCUGAAGGUUGCUAAAAAUAUUGAACUACUUUUGUGAUUUGUUGAACGAAAACUAAACUCUUCUCAGAGCGGACUAGAUGAUUGAGAAUAAGCCGCAUUUGCGAUAUACUACGGGAAGCGCGCGCAUCCACAUGUAUACACGUCAUUAAUUAACCACCACGAAAAUUUAUUCUCAAGUCGUUCGUACUAGCUGGUGGUCAUUUAAGCUAUACAAUAUAAUAAGCCGCCGCUCAAGUAAGAAAUGAAUUUCGGAACUCUACACUGGAGUUAUCGGGAUUUUCGGUUUAUGCCGGAAGAACUACGAACAUGUGGACCAGAUGUAUUGGAAGUGUACCUUAAAGAAAACUUUAUUCCUGCCAUCCCAGAUUGGUUUUUCCAGGAAAUGAUGCGUCUGAGAUUUAUCUGCCUAGCUGGCAAUUUGUUGGAAGAUAUUCCAGAGCAAAUAUCGUUGCUGGUUGACUUAGAAACACUCGACGUUUCGCAAAACACUAUCACGCUAUUACCGAGAUCGCUAGGAUGCUUGCGUAAUUUAACUGUGUUGAAAUUGAGCGAAAAUAAACUGACAAGUUUGCCACGAGAGAUUGGACUUCUAGCAAAUUUGGAAAUGCUAGACGUAUCGAAUAACAGAUUGAACGAAAUUCCAGUAGAGCUUUCGCAGUGCUUGAAUUUGAAGGAGUUAAUCAUAAAUGAAAAUUAUUUGCUUGUUCGAAUACCGAAUAAAAUAUUCACUCUGCCUCGUCUUGUAUAUUUGUCGGCAGAAGGAUGCAAUUUGAUGCUGCUUCCAUUUGCAGUCAAUCUCAAUUCACUUGAGGUUUUGAGAGUAUUCAAUAAUAAUUUAUUGACCCACUAUCCGUUGAUGUUGGAAAAGUUUAUUCAACCCAAUUAUGAUCCGUUUACUACAGUGAAGCUGAAAAGGUAUCGGGAUGCAGUUUACUACCGGGAAAUCAGAAGUGAUGUUUUGCAACGUAAUUUAAUAUUCCCAGGCGAACUGACGACGAUUUUAGACCGACGAAAGACGACCCAUAAUCCUAGCAGUUUAGUUGAAAACGGCCUCCGAAAAUGCUACUAUCAAUCGAAGAUGAGCGAUUUGCUAAGUGUACUGAAAUGUUGGUUACCAAGAAAUUUGUAUCGGCAGCUGCUCCAUGGUCCAGUGGCUGUUUGUGGAAACAAUCCCUGCAGUAAAAAUAUUUUCAAGGAAUGCGUUUUGGGACUUAUUAAGAAACAAAAGCUGGCGAAACCAGCAAUCUUCAGUAUUCUAUUUUGUUCAAAAUUAUGCGCCAAUCUCUGGUUCCAGUGUAACUGUGACGUAUACGACGAGCUUAAUUGGACACUGGUUUGAGUUUUAAAUGAUAUGAUAUAAACCUAUACAAUCAACAUGUGCAAAGCCUUAAUGAAAAAUUAAAACUAGUUUUGAAUGAACAAAACCGCAACAGUGAAAAUUUACAUUUGGCCUGGAAAAAUCAAAAUCGAAAAAUCAAAUCGCUUGUGAUCUUUCUCAAUAAACAUCACUGAUAAUACGCUUAUUUUAUAAGGCAAUAGACGUAAGUUUUUCUUCGCCGUGACAUCCACAAUACAUAGUACUUUAAACCUAAUACAUUUCGCAUAUUAUAUUAGUAUGUUAGUCUAAACACUGUUUUUAUCAAGCGAUAGAUCUUUGAAUCACAUCGAUCAAAAUCGAUACUGAUCUUCUGUUACACAAAAUCUGUAGUGAUUUUGAGCCGUUUUUGUCAAUUAGUAUGUAUGAUGGUGAUUAAAAUGAUGAAAAUAGUUUGUAACUUUCA